AUGGGAAGAGAGAUGCGUGAUCUCAUCAGAGGAGUAGUAAAGGACCACAGAUUGCCAAAUGAUUACAAAUUCGCUUACAAUCAACCAGUCUUGAGCUCUGCCUUCUUAAAGCAGGUCAAGAGAUUUAUCGCCACUAGACAAAUGACUAAGACUCAUGCCACCACUCCAAUGGUUGUCAUUUUUGGCUUCGCAUUGCCAUUCUCUAUCUUAGCUACAAUCUAUCACUACAUGUAUAACGGAUACUGGCCACAUGCUCUCCAACCACAAAACUAACUCUAUAGAAAAGGAAACUACGCUCAGCAACAUGCCUACAACAUGAACCCUGAUAAUCACUACAACAGCAAUCAAGCUUGCUGGACCACUGAUCCAAUGUGCGGACUCGAUAUUGCACCAAAGAGACCUUGGGAGUUGUUAAAGAAUCCAGAGUAGAACCUCUUUAAAUUCGAGAGAGAGUCAACUCAAGAUAAGAGAAGAGAGAUUAAUGGCUAUAGACUUGUUGCUGGCUGA